UGUACCUUUCAGACUGUGCUUGUGUGUAAAAUAAUAACAAAAUAAAACCAGAAAUAAUAUCGCAUAAUUGAAACAUGUUGCUAAAGUAUCUUGGCACCGUCAUGCCAGUGCAGGAGUUCGAGAAUAAAGUGAUUGACAUAGCAUGGUCGCCGAACAACUUGAAGCUAGCUGUAGCGUCUUCGGAUCGUUCUAUUUACCUGUUCGACGAAAACGGUGCAAAACGUGACAGGUUCUCCACUAAACCCAUCGAUUCCAAGUUUGGCAAAAAGAGUUACAUAAUAAAAGGGAUAUCUUUUUCCCCGGAAUCGACUAAAAUAGCAGUUGGUCAAUCCGACUGCAUUGUCUACGUGUAUAAAAUAGGCGAAAACUGGGGUGAUAAGAAGGUAAUUUGCAAUAAAUUCAAACAGAGUUCGGCGGUAACUUGUCUGAUUUGGCCUGGGGAAGGUCCUAUUGUAAUAGGAUUAGCCGAUGGCAAAGUUCGCGCGGCUAUGGUAAAAUCGCAAAAAGCACAGACCUUGUACACUUCCGAUGCUAUGACGAUAGCUUUGGCUAGCAAUGUUCGCGGCAGUGGCUUCCUGUCGAGUCACGCCGACGGCAGUAUAAUUCGUUACUACAUCUCUGAGGACGGUAACGCGGAGCCCUCGGGACGCGUGUGCGUUCACGGUGUGCCGGCUUACGCCCUAGCGUGGCCGCAGUCGCACAUUCUCGCAGCAGGCUGCGACAAACGGGUGACUCUGUACGACUCGUACGGCAAGCCGGUGAAAAAUUUCGAUUUCAGUCGGGAUCCUCAAGAAAGAGAGAUGACCGUGGCCUGCUGUAGCCCGAGCGGUCAGAGCGUAGCCGUGGGAUCCUGGGACAAGAUACGCAUUUUCGAUUGGACGCCGCGAAGAGGUGUCUGGGAGGAGACCAACGUGCGAGACUUGCCCAAUUUUUACACGAUCUCGGCGCUCGCCUGGAGGAGAGACGGUUCGAAAUUGGUAAUUGGGACUUUGUGUGGCGGUGUCGAGCAGUUUGAAACUAUUUUGAGACGCACGGUGGUUCGCGGUAGUCACGAGGUCGCCUACGUAGGUCCAAGCCAGGUGGUGAUCCGACCGCUGAACAAUACCUCCCAGCGCUCCAUCGUCGUCAGAUCGCAGACGGGUCUGGAAAUCGAAGAUGUGCGUGUUCUGGGACGCAGGGAUAACAACGUAGUGGCGCGCACCGCGCGCACCCUUCUGAUCGGCGACAUCGAGCUGGGCCUGAUCAGUGAGAUCCCGUGGGAAAAUCAUCCCGACGGCAGCGAGAAGUUCUUCUUCGAAUAUCCCGUUGUCUGUCUGAUUUUUUGCUCCGGCGAGCUAACGAUCGUCGAGUACGGACAGAACGAGGCGCUCGGCUCGGUGCGAACGGAGGCGGUGAAUCCGCACGUGGUCAGCGUCCGCGUGAACGAACGACCUACCUCCGGCGGAGGCGACAACAAAAAACUGGCCUAUCUCUUGGAUCCAAAAACCAUUCGAGUGAUCGAUCUGCUAACUAGCGCGACCAUCAGCGUUAUCGUUCACGACGUUCGCAUUGAUUGGCUCGAAUUGAGCGAGACGGGUCAUCGAUUACUUUCGCGCGACAAACGAAGUCGGCUCUGGUUAAGCGACGACACGGGUGGCAGGGUUCUACUAGUGACCGGAGCGUCCUUCGCGUCUUGGGUACCCAGUAGCGACGUCGUCGUCGCUCAGACAGGUCAGACCAUGGCUGUUUGGUACAACGUCGAUGCACCAGAAGCAGCCACGCUAACGCCAAUCAAAGGCGACGUGGCGGAUAUCGUUCGAGAAGAUGGCAAAACGUCCGUAAUGGUGGAAGAACACGGCGUUAAGGUGCCAUAUUUACUAGAUGAGGGACUGAUCGAGUUCGGUACCGCGUUGCACGACAACGAUUUCGGCAGAAUUGUACUGUUUUUGGAGAAUAUGGGCGACAAUCCGCAGACAGAGAGUAUGUGGGAGAACGUGGCUAGAAACGCGAUGAGUGAGAAAAAACUCAUGAUAGCUUCCAGAUGCUAUGCCGCGAUGGGUGACGUGGCUUGCUCAAGAUUUCUGAAAGAGACUGCCGAGAUUGGCGAAAAGUACGCUGAGGAGACGGGCAACGAUCCUAUGGCUAAUCCGGACUGCUGGGCUCGAUUGGCCAUAUUGAAUGGCGAUCUGAAGACCGCCGAGGCGAUUUAUCUGGAGCAAAACGAACUGGACAAGGCGUUAAACAUGUAUCAACGUUACUGGCACUGGGAGGAUGCUUUGAAUUUAGCUCAGACUCGUAACUGGAACGGUCUGUCAGAACUGCGAGAUCGCCACCUGGCUUGGUUAUUAGACAGCGGUCAGACAGCUCGUGCGGCUUCUAUUAUAGAGAACACAAAUCCCAGAAGAGCUGUCAAACUUUACCUGGAAGCUCACCGGCCCGGACGGGCCGCCAGACUGAUCCUCGCCGACAACGAGUUGCUAGAAGAUGAACGAAUUGUCGAGGAGGUUAUCAAUAGUCUCAAGGCGACUGAGCUCAUGGAACUCGCCGGAGAACUGUUGGAGAAAACCGGCGCUGGCACCGAGGCAAUAAGUUGUUACGCUCAGGCCGGUGUUUUCGCUAGAGCUCUCGAUUUAGCUCGCAAAGUUGAUCCUACUUUAGUAGUCGAAUUAGAAAGGGAUUGGGGAAAGCAUUUGGCGUCGAACGGUCAUUACGACGCCGCUAUCAACCACUUUAUUGAGGCAGGAGAAACUGUGUCAGCGUUAAAAGCUGCUAUUAACGCACGACAGUGGAAGAAAGCUUUACAAAUUAUACAGGUAAUCGAGGACGAUGACCCCGAGAUUCUUCAGCAAUGUGAGAAGCUAGGCGAAUAUUUUUCGUCGAUCGGUGAACGGAGCCUGGCAGAGAGCUUAUUUAUUCGCUGCGGAAAUGCUCGACGCGCCGUGGACGUUCAUGUGCAAGCCGGUGAUUGGAUGCGUGCGCACGAGGUGGCUCAAGAACACAUGAAAAGCGAUGAGGCUAACCAGGUGUUGGCGAAACACGCCGACAGCUUGCAGCAAGCCGGCGAGUUGCGCCACGCCGAGGCGCUCUACGUCGCGAUUGGUGAUCACGACGCAGCGAUCGCUAUGCAUCGCAAAGCGGGACAGCGUGGUGACAUGAUCAGACUAGUUGCCAAACAUCGACCGGAUUUGCUUCAGACCACUCACACGCAUCUGGCAAGAGAGUUAGAAGCAGCCGGCAAACCGAGAGAAGCAGAGGAGCACUUCCUAGGUGCUGGCGAUUGGCGCGGAGCGAUCGCAGCUUAUAAAUCGGCGAAUAUGUGGGAGGAUGCGUUGAGAGUCGCCAAGAAGGCCUCGGGAGAGAAAGCGGCACAACAGGUUGCCUUAAUGUGGGCCCGAACAUUGGCUCCGGAGUUAGGUGCGCGACUUCUGAUGAGACUCAAUUACUUGGAUCCCUGUCUGCAAUUGGCGUGCGAAGCCAACUUGUUCGAGUGGGCACUGGAAGUCUCCAAGUACGGAACAAUGGAUCAGAAAAAGGAGGUUCACUAUCGCUAUGCCAUGGCUCUGGAGGAUGAGGGUCGCUUUACUGAGGCCGAGAAGGAAUUCGUGCAGGCCGGCAAAGCCAUGGAAGCGGUGCAAAUGUAUAUUCACAACCGCGACUGGGAGUCCGCCGAGGACGUUGCACGAUCGCACAGCGAAGAAGCGGUGGCGCAAGUCUUGAUUGCCCGAGCCGCUGAAGCUGCCGAGGCACAAGAUUACGCCACAGCGGAGGCUCUUCUCUUGAGAGCCCACAAGCCGGAGAUGAUAAUCGAACAUUACAAGACGGCCGGUAUGUGGUCCGAGGCGUUGCGAGUAUGUCGAGAAUAUUUGCCUAGUCAGGAGGCAGCGCUGCGCAGAGAAUUGGGUCAGAAAAGCGCAGGAUUGGACGGAGCAAACGCGUUGGAAGAAGCUCGCAAGUGGCUCGAUCUUGGAGAAGUGCGACCCGCCUUGGAUACUCUAAUUCUAAAUCCGCAGGCACCGAGAUCUUAUCUCAUUCGCGCAGCCGACAUUCUCUUACAUCAGGCCGAUCCUGAAACGGCGGCAGAAGUCGGCGGUGAUUUAGGCGCACGCUUGUUCUCCGUUGGCGAACACGCGCUCGCUGCUCAGGUAUUCCUUCAAGCUGAUCGUUUAAAAGACGCGGUGAGCUCGUUAGUGGCGGUCGGCGAGUGGGAUCGCGCGCGUCGAAUCGUUCGCGAACUCGCGCCCGAUCUCGAGCCGUAUCUCGAGGAGAAGUACCGAGACGUCAUGGCGAACGAAGGUCAGAUAGAACGACUGGCGGAAGUGGACGGGAACGCCGCGCUUGAAGUUAUGGCGCGCAAGGGUCAGUGGAGUCAGGUGUUUGACGCCGCGGCUACGCAGAGUCCGGAAGUGCUGCAUAAAUUUGUGGCGCGACGUGCCGCGCAGUUGUUGAAGAGCGACUCAGCGCCACAGGCGCUACAGCUUUACGCGCAGUACGGCGCGCCCGCGAUCUCACAGAAUUUCAAUCUUUAUCUGCAAUUGGCGGAGAGCAUACUGAACGCGGCACAACAGGAAUUCAGAUAUCUGGCACAGCUCCGCGAUAUUUUGCACAGUCUCUGUCGCUCGUCGUCUUCCGACAGAUUCGAGCGACUUCUUGAGGCCGCGCACUUCUCUGCGGUGAAGCACGGCUGCCAUUCGUUUCCGGCGCUUUCUGGCGUUGUUGUCAAAACGUCGGUCAGUCUUCUACGAUACACCGACAUUCUUCACGCCGACAAAUAUUAUUACGAGGCCGGCAUCGCGCUGCGUUCCGCGGAUCUUCUGAGCGAAGCUUUCGUCUUUUUGAAUCACUUCCUCGAUCUGGAAGAGUGCAUCGAGGAGCAAAGUGACGGCCUCGAUGUGGACGAUCUGCAUGUUACCGACUUUCCGCUGAAAGUUCCGCUUCAGGAGAAUCUCGGCGUCGCAACGGAACAACGUGAGGAGGCGAGGGAAUGGGUACUGGCGAUAUCGAUGGAUCAAAAGGUCGAACAAGGUCUGCCGGUCGACCAGAGAGGCGUCUACGUAGGCUCCCUGACGUCACCGAGUAAUACUGGCGCGCCUCUUCAGCAGUGCAUGAUCACGGGAUAUCCGGUUCGCGGCCCAGUCGUCAAAUUCGAAGAGACCAACCGCGUGGCCGACCGCGACGAUUGGACCAAGUUGGUCAACACAGCCAGGCAGGCGCCCUCGGAUUCGCCGUUGAACGACAUUUUGGUAUUUCUUCAGGAAUGGUGCGGCACAGCACCGAAAUAUUCAUUUUAAAGCAACAUUGAGGGUUUUUUUUUUGCGUUGUAGCGAAGGAAAGUA